AUGAACAAGUCCAGGGGAGCCUCUGAGAGCCCAGAGCUCUGGAGCCCAGGUUGCACACAGAGCACCUCCUUGACCAGUGCAGCACCUGUGUUUGCAUUUGGCCAGCAGGCCACAGACACAGCCCUAAAUGUGAUCCUUAUUGUGGUCCUGUUCAUCAUCAUGGUGUCUCUGGGGUGUACGAUGGAGAUAGCCAAGAUCACAACUCACCUCAGGAAUCCCAAAGGCGUAGCUAUUGCUGUAAUGGCUCAGUACGGCGUGAUGCCCCUGACAGCAUUUGUACUGGGCAAGCUCUUCCAGCUGGGCCCUACGGAAUCCCUGGCCAUCCUCAUCUGUGGCUGCUGCCCAGGUGGAAACCUCUCAAACGUCUUCAGUCUGGCACUGAAAGGUGACAUGAACCUCAGCAUUGUAAUGACCACAUGCUCAACGGUUCUGGCAAUUGGACUCAUGCCUCUGCUUCUGUAUCUUUACUCGGGAGGACUGUAUGAGGGUGAUUUGAAGGGCAAGGUACCUUACAAAGGAAUAAUCACCUCCCUGGCCCUGAUGCUAAUCCCUUGUGCCAUCGGCAUCAUCUUGAAUGAGAAGAAACCACAGUACACCGGAUUUGUCAUCAAGACGGGGAUGGUUGUGCUUCUGCUGUCAUCUGUUGCAAUAAUUGUUCUAUCUGUGGCCAACGUGGGAAGCAGUAUCACGGUCGUCUUCUCACCAUCCCUCCUCGGAUCUUCUGCCUUGAUGCCUUUUAUCGGAUUCCUUCUGGGCUACAUUCUCUCCGCAGUCUUCAAGCUUAAUGACCGCUGCAGGCGGACAGUGUGCAUGGAAACCGGCUGCCAGAACAUCCAGCUGUGCUCUACCAUCCUCAAGGUUGCCUUUGCCCCAGAAGUCAUCGGCCCCCUGUACUUCUUCCCACUGCUCUACUUGAUGUUCCAGCUUGGAGAGGGCCUUCUGCUGAUCCUGGCCUUCAGGAUUCAUGAUGGAAUAAAGAAGCCAAGUGGCAAAUGCAACAGAAGCGACCUGUGCAGCUGCGGACACAAAUACUGCUCAAGAAAUGAAACCAGCAUCGAGACUCUGCAGAAACAGCAGGAAACCAGGAAAAUGGUACAGAGAGAUUCUGCAACAGCCGCUAUCACAGCCCCGCAGAGCUCCGCCUUCUGCAGCUGGUUUACAGGUUUCCAGCAGUUCCAUGAGUCACUCAACUAG